AUGGGCAGUUUUGGGUCCGUUUAUAAAGGAGUACUUGAAGAUGGUGGAGCAAUAAUUGCAAUCAAGGUUUUCAAUCUCGUUCGUCGUGGAGCCUACAAAAGUUUCACUGCUGAGUGUGAGGCUUUGAAAAAUAUAAGACACCGUAAUCUUGUGAAAGUACUCUCAGUGCGUUCAGGUUCUGACUAUAGCAGUAAUGAUUUCAAGGCCUUAAUUUAUGAGUUCAUGGUUAAUGGAAGUUUAGAGGAAUCGUUGCAUCCUGCUGGAACAAAUGGAGAGAUAAAUGAUAGGCAAAGGAGCUUAACUUUUUAUCAAAGAUUGAACAUAGCGAUUGACGUUGCUAUGGCGUUAGAGUAUCUCCAUCAUCAUUGUCAUACACCAACAGUUCACUGUGACCUUAAACCCAGCAACGUGCUUCUCGGCGAUGAUAUGAUCGGACAUGUAGGUGACUUUGGGUUGGCAAAAUUCCUCCCCAUUGUUUGUGCUUAA